AUGAAGUAUCUUGAGUCAUGUGUGAAGACAAGGUACAUUCUCAGAGGUCAAUUGGCAAAAAUUGCACCGUUGGCAAAUGUCAAUAUCCGAGUCAACAUACCUACAGCUAAAGGUUCUUCACAUGACGACUAUGUUGUUGACAAAGACUUACCAUGGUUGAAGAUUGUAAUUGUCCACAACCACUUCAUGUUGAACGAAAGUCUUACAAACCCAUUCUUUGGUAAAAGUAAGUGCAACAUUGUCAGAGUUGUAAACAUUCUUUUCGAGAAAGGUUUGUUGGAACCAAUUCCAGAUGACAAGCUGACAGAAACUUUUGUACCAAAAGACGAAACAAACUUUUCAUUGUUAGCAAGACCAAAAGUUGUUCCAGACAAAGUUCUAGUACAAAAGAAGUACACAGUUCCACAAGGGGUUGGUAUGUUCGGAUACCAACCUGAACCAGAAGAACUUCCAAUGAGGUUGCAAGAACUUCAAGCUGCUAUAAACAAACUUCCAUUGAGACAUCCAAUUGACGUCAAAUUGUAUUGGAGAGCAUCUGAGUUAGGUCAGAAGGUUUUAUAUGAAACAGGUUGCUUCGACGAUGUUUAUGAGAUAACAGGAGAAGUUUCUCAGAAGAUAAGAGACUCACUUGAAUUUCCACAAACUGGACCAAUUGGUUGCGACAAGUUCGACUCAGAUGAAAAGAUAUACUAUGUCGACCUUAACGCUGCAUACAUGAGGUUUGUCCAAUAUAUUCCGACUGGAAUUCCAAACGAAGAUGGUGAGUUCCCGGGAAGGAACUAUACAGUUGGAAAAGUCAUACAACAACUGUAUGAUAUUAGGAAAGCUUCAAACCCCAAACUUGCAAUGACACUCAAAUUGCUUAUGAAUUCGACAUGGGGAUAUUCCAUUAAGAAACCUCAAGAGAUGAAGAGUAAACAUUAUGAGAAGGUCGACAACUUUGUUGAAAGGUUUUCUCCUUUUGUUUUGAAGUACGAAUUCACUCAAG